AUGGACGAUCAAGGAGUUUCUCAAGAUACCGGUUGUGAUGAGCCCAGCUCUCCCACAUGCUCUCAGGCCAGCUCUAAUACGGAACCACAAACCGCGAUACAUGAUCCAUUCGCCAAACUUGAUCCAUCAGAGCAGACCAAAGUCAUGGCUGCUCAUCUACAGCGCUACAUAGAGCGCGCGACAGACAGCCACAAGCGAACGCUACACCGUGUGCUGGAUACGAUUUCGGUAACAGAGGGCAGCGACGCAAUGCAUCUGGAUAUUUUAGCAACCCACAUGGGAAAAGAGUCUCGGAAAUAUUGCGACCAAAUGACUUGGCCGGGUGAUCUACAAUUCGAGCAAGAGAUCGCCCGACCGAGUGACUUGAAAGUUUCUGAUGAGUGGACUGCUUCUGGAGUCUUUCUGCCUCACAAUGAAGAAAACAUCGCCCAGUUUCUGCGGGAACUCGAUACCGCCGCACGCAAAAAUGCCGAUAGAGAGUUGUUAGGCGCUGCAGCGGAGACACUCAGCCUUCCAGCAGAGUUUUGCGAGUUCGUUAAGCAAUGUGGUGGGAUAUACGACGAAAACUUCGACAGACACAAGUUUAUGUGUUCGUUCGGAUCCCAAUUUUAUGUCUCUGAGGAGCUGGCUCUCCCUUUGGAGAAGAUGAGACGUACAUCGUUCGGCGAUUCCAGCUGGUUCGAGCUUGCUGCUGGCUGGAGAAUGGGUUAUGUCUACUCUACUACCUCUCUAUAUCAUCUCUUGUGUACGGUAACAGACGAUAUGGACGAACCAUGGCAGUUGAGAAUCGGUUACUUCGAAUAUGAUGCUCCUGAGGACGAUCUUUGGGACAGUCUUCCCGAGUUCCUUGAGUGGUACUGCAAAGGUUAUGAUCAUGUUCGCUGGGAGAAUGUCGAAGGGAACAUUAAAAGUAUCCAUGAGGAAUGUUUGGAAGACCUGGAGAAAAGACUAAGGACGGAAGCAUGGGAGGGAGAAAGAUUACUCAAAGGACGAGAACAAGCACAAAGAUGA